UCAGUUGCAGAGUUCUUCAAGGGACAAAACGUGGAAGGACAGGCAGUCUUUCUAUCCAGCGGAUUAAGCAGCAUAAGCUUUUCUGGAGCAUCGCUGCUGGCUUUGGAGAGACCUGUCUGUGGCAGCCUCAUGCUGUGCUUUUCCUUCUGCAACUCGUUGAAAAAAAUGAAAGGGGGGGGGGGAGAGAAUAAACUAGUGAUGAGUCCCACCCCCUCCAGGUUGCUUAGCUUUCUCAAAGCCAUAUUCCUUUAAGAUGAUGUAAUAGUCAUUUCCCUGGAUGGUUUCUUCCCUGCACUGCCGAAACAACAGCAUCUGAAACUGUGGAACCACCCAGAUCAGCAGCAGCCACAGAGCAGCAGCUUGGGCUAGGGAAAGCAAGAGCAAGGCAGCUUGCCUGGGCAUCCUUUCAAACUGCUACUCUCUCAGCCUGGGUUAAGAACAUGGGAGGCUCUCGGUUGCUACUGAUGGAGAAACUACUACCACUCUGGCAUGCCACCAAAAUGUGUCACAACUGGGCUCAGAACCUGAGUUUUCUGCAAGUCAUCUAAAACAAGGUUCUUCUGCUGAUGACAUUUGCUCUUCUAAAGGAUCCUGACUUGGUGGGAUUUAUGCUCCUCUUUGUUUGUUGUGAUUGUUUUGCCUUUUUUCAGUCUAAGCAGUUUGCUACACAGCUUCAUCUCUCUCCUUUCGUGGCCGUUCUUGUUAACUUUCCUCUGUGGGGGUUUAACACUUAAGUUUUGCCUGGAUAUUUCUCAAAUGAUCACCCUUCUCUUCUCCGUCUCUUUCCUAGUCUGGAUAUGUUUUGUUUUUUUUCAUUACCCAUCUUCAGAUUCAUUCUCCUUAAUGCUGAUUUUGGGAUUGCUUAGAAAAUGUUGCUUUUCUUCACAAGAGCUACUUUCAUCCAUGUAACCAAGGCUUGUGAAUGAUAGGAAGCAUGGUCUGACCCUACUAUUUUGGGUUUUGAUGGAAGAUCUCAUCCUUUGAUUACAUGUUGUGAAGCCAGUCCUCUACCAUUUAAACCACUUUGUCAGUGGUUCUGAUCAUCAUAAUUGGACUUUUGGCAAUUGAACCCUACAACUUCUUUUUUCUUUUCCCAUUUCAUCUCUCCUGCAUGAGAUCCUGCUCUUCUUAAAUGUUGGGAGACUCUUGGGAGAAUAGAUUGAGGAGCCUUACUAAAACCUUGGAUGUGAGUGAUUCUGCCAUAUCUUGGGGUUGGUUGGUUUGAAAAUACCAUGGCAUUAAGUGGAAACUGCAGGACUUACCUCCCUCCUAGAGAGCAAGCAGCUGCUGCCCAGUCCUUCCCAGAGGUGAUAGAACUUAAUGUUGGUGGCCAAGUUUACUUCACCCGUCAUUCCACUUUGACAGGCAUUCCCCACACCCUGCUUUGGAAAAUGUUCACCUCGAAAAGAGAGGCAGUCAAUGACCUCGCCAAGGAUUCCAAGGGAAGGAUUUUCAUUGACAGAGAUGGCUUCCUGUUCCGCUACAUCCUGGACUAUCUCAGGGACAAGCAGGUGGUCCUGCCCGACCACUUUCCAGAACGAGGCCGGCUUAAGAGGGAAGCCGAGUACUUUCAGCUACCGGACUUGGUCAAACUCCUGACUCCUGAUGAUAUCAAGCAAAGUCCUGAUGACUAUUGCCACAGUGAUUAUGAGGAGCUGUCCCAAAGCAGCGACACUAGAAUAUGUGCCCCAUCAUCACUUCUGCCCUCAGAUCGAAAAUGGGGCUUUGUUACUCUGGGCUACAGAGGCUCCUGCACUGUGGGUAGAGAGACCCAAGCUGAUGCCAAAUUCAGGAGAGUCCCGAGGAUUUUGGUUUGUGGCAGGAUUGCUUUAGUCAAAGAAGUUUUUGGAGAAAGUUUGAAUGAGAGCAGAGACCCGGACCGGGCUCCUGAUCGAUACACCUCCAGGUUCUACCUGAAGUUCAGGCACUUGGAGAGAGCGUUCGAUAUGCUGUCAGAAUGUGGAUUCCACAUGGUGGCUUGUAAUUCCUCAGUGACUGCUUCGUUUGUCAAUCAGUACACUGAUGACAAAGUUUGGUCCAGCUACACAGAAUACGUCUUUUAUCGUGAGCCUUCCAGGUGGUCUUCCUCGCACUGUGACUGCUGCUGCAAAAAUGGUAAAGGGGACAAAGAAGGUGAAAGCGGCACAUCCUGCAAUGAACUCUCCACCUCCAGCUGCGACAGCCAAUCAGAAGCCAGCUCCCCUCAAGAGACUGUGAUCUGUGGUCCUGUCACCCGCCAGUCCACUAUACAGACUCUGGAUCGACCAAUCAAGAAAGGCCCGGUGCAGCUACUUCAGCAGUCCGAAAUUCGGAGGAAAAGUGACCUGCUCCGAACUCUCACUUCUGGCUCUAGGGAAUCCAACUCUAGUAAAAAAAAAUCAGUGAAAGAAAAGCUUUCGAUUGAGGAAGAGUUAGAAAAAUGCAUCCAAGAUUUCCUCAAAAUUAAAAUCCCAGACAGGUUUCCAGAAAGAAAACAUCCUUGGCAAUCUGAACUGUUGCGAAAGUAUCACCUAUAGGAAUGGCAUCAGGGAAAGGAAAAUCACCUUCAUUACAAUUUAUGGAACAAGAGUCUACAUGAUAAAAGAAUAAAAUAAUACUGAUAGUAAUUUGUUAGGUCACAAAAAAAAAAUCCAUUGCUAGAGUACUGCCUAAUUUGCCUGAUUCACCGAAGCAUUUCAAGUCACAUUAUAUACAAUCUAUCUAUCAAUCUAUCUGUAUUUGAAUAUAUAUAUUUUUAUCUCCUUGAAAGAGGAGAAUUAACAAUGCAUUCAAACAUAACUUACAAUGCCACAUGCACAUGGAAAUCAAUCUCUGUAAGACAUGUGCAGGAUGACUGUGGCACAGAUAGAAAGGGGAAAUUUGUCCUGUGAUCUGAGCAGAGCUUGUGUUGAUUGGGUGAUGUUCUAAGCUGCAUGCCUUCUUGAGUUCUCUUAUAUUGUCAUUCCUUUGAAGAGAGGGCCAGGGUGGUCAAAUGCCCAUGGUUUUGAAAGAAAAAAAUGUCAGUUUACAUCAGAAAAUAGUGUAUAUAUAAGUCUCCUUAACAUAAACAUCCUCUUCCUUUGAGCUAUGUGUUCCCGCCAAUGGAAAUACCAUAGAUCAUUGGGUGAUCUAUUAACUUCUAUAGAGAUAUGUACAGUUUAAGGCGUCGCCCCUUUCUUUUUUCUAGUCUUGAUUACAGGUGAGGAAGGAUAUCAGAAUUGGUCAUUUGCACAUAAGGGAUAUUGAUGGGCCACAGACUGCUCAGCUUAGCAGAGAACAUCUGAAAAUUCAAUGUUGCCAUGCAGAAGAUUACGUGAACAAAAUAGUAAUUAGGGCUUUUUGCAUUCACACAAGAAUUACACCUAUCACUUCUUUCAGCUUUGGUGAGUUUAAAAAGAAGGUAUAAAAUGCCAACAAGAAGAGAUUCAGAAAUAAAAACUUCAGAGUUUUAGUACGCAUGAAGAUACAGCAAUGCAUAUGUAUUCUGAAUUGUUGCCAGGCAGCACACUUCUUGUUUAACUGGGCUUGCUACUGUGUCCUUAGCAGAAACCUGAUAUGUACACAGAAAUUAAUUAAGGAGCUGUUUUCUUGGGCAGAAUCCAUUGCUUGUCCCACCUAGAAUAGACUCAUUGACAACAGUGGAUCUUUUGUCAGUGGGUACAAAUCAGGUCCAUUCAUUACACUGGGUCCUCUCUAAUUGGAGUUAAAACUGUUUUAUCUUUGUACUGUAAAAGAUUUCUUGUUGCAAUGUUUGCGUGUCAGGUGAUGUCAUAGAGUGGUGUCAAUUUUUUUAAAAAUGACAGCCCUAACCGAAUCCAAGAUCAAGAUACUGUUGCCUUAUUUUUUCCCCAGUAGACAUUGCUUAAAAGAAGUUAGGAUCUUUUUUUUUGUUGUUGUUGUGUGCCUUCAAGUCAUUUCUGAUUUAUUGUGAUCCUAAGGUGAAACUAUCAUGGAGUUUUCUUGAAAGAUUUGUUGAAAGUGGGUUUGCCUUUGCCUUCCUCUGAGGCAAAAAUAAUGUCACUCAAUGGAUUUCCAAGUAGGGUUUCUAAUACUGAUCUCCAGAGUCAUAGUCCAAUGCUCAAACCAUUACACCACACUGGCUCCAGUAUCAGGUCUAGCUGUGUGCAAAAACAAUCUUUUAAUUUUUAUAUCUCUAUAUAAUUUAGGCCAUUUUUCUCCGAUUCCUCAUAUUAUAGAGCUCUCAUAUUUUCCAUGUGUCCUGGAAAUAAAGGACGAAAAUGGAGGGGGCAAAUAUAAAAAGGAGAUCUAGAUUCUUCUCACUUCCCCACUUCCGCAGUACGGGCAAUGCUUGGUUAUUAGGCCUGGGUAACAACGGAAAAAUUUGUUUCUAAAAUCGAUUCGUUUUUUGGGGUUUUUUGCAUUUCAAUAUUUAAA